UACCAUAACCUACACUCCUUCAGGUGCGACGUGAGGGUAGAGAAGACAUUUUAUAGCAUAAUGUGGUUUACGAAAUGUCUAAUUAACCCAUGACAAUCAAGCUUAAAUACCUUUCUGAGCUCCCCCUCUCUCUGUGGUCCUCGAAAUUGACUAGCGCUUACAGAGAGUCGGACGACCGCCAUAAACGACGACCACCGAGCUCUGAAAAUUCGAGUACGGUUAAUGCUCCAUAGUUGACUACGGAGCAAGACCUAGAAUCUUGACUGGAGCGUCAAGAAACGGCGGCCAAGAAAAAUUGAGCCCCCAAAUUCGAUCGCCCUUUGCUUCAACUUCGCAUUUCAAGGUAUUCUAUCAUUCAAAGGAGAAUGUCUGGGAACACAGGCCCAGGUGAUGGUUCCAAGGAGAAUGGAUCUGAUGAUUCCAAGAAGGAUAACUCUGAUGGUUCUCGAAGGAAUCCUUUCUCGAUGAUGAGGCGUGGCUUUCGUAACUUUCGUCUUCCCUCUUCUUUGCCUGCAGUCUUUGGAGUGCCACCACGUGUUCACUUUCGUGGCUUUGGACUUCUCUCUUAUUUCCCCAUCUUUGGAGUGCCACCAAAUGUUCACCCUCGUAGCCAAGAACGGAAUGCAGUUAACAAUCAAGAAGAGCAGCCAUUGAGUUUCCCUCGUAGUGGAGACAGAGCGAUACGUCUCCGACGUAACUUGAGGAGGCUGUGGUUCUUUGCCCCAGUACUCACACUGCUUUCUGUUGGCGGGGCGGUAUACUAUUCUGGGAUCAGCUGGUCCGAUUUUGAAGCCCCCUUUGUAUCUGAACUCCAACUUUCCACACGGUCCCCUGUUAGCGUAUUCUCACUGAUCACGGGAGACACAUCUUCCAUCGUUUCGGCUGUCUCAAACCGGGUAACUUCUAUCCUAGCUUCUGUGUUUGUUGUACCUCCUAACUCUCGGGGCUUUUACAGGGUAGUCAUGUCUUGGUUGAGGUUCUUGUGCUUUAAUUUUCUCUCCCUGUCACCUAGAAUGCAGAUUGUUGCUGUCUGUAUUGUCCAUCUGUUAUGUGUCAUCACGAUGCAUCAGAUUCUCUCUCUUGGGUGGGGUGCUAGUUCAUAUUUGCUUAAUCGUUUGUAUGACUUGCUCUUGAGUGCCCUAAGCUACCUAUUCCCUACUUUCUUUCCUCCACCUCCUCCUGCCCAAAUUAAUGUUCCCACUUCCUAUCACUCUUCUGUCACAUAUCACGGUCCCGUUUCCUUUCACGGACCUGUGAGGUUUCUUUCAUCUGUUUAUGUGGGUGACAAUCUUAUUGCAAAUGGGGAGCUCAAUGGCGAUAUUGCAAAUGAGGAGCUCAAUGGCGAUAUUGCAAAUGGGGAGCACAAUGGCGUUAUUGCUAAUGGGGAGCUCAAUGGCGAUAUUGCAAAUGAGGAGCACAAUGGCGAUCUCAAUGGGAAUCUGAAUGGGGCUCAGACUGAAUAGACUUUGAACAUGAAAAUAGCAACAGCUAGAAUAUCAUAGGAAUUACUCCAGUGUGCAAAACAGCUAAGUCACUCAUUAAUGUAGCACUGUAUAAAUUCAGUUUAGUUUUUGCCUCUAUAUAGCUUACUGUAUGCAAGGCUGAUAAUGAUAGAUUGAAUAGUACCUAUAAAUAUGAAAAUAGCAAC